UCUUAUUUUAAUAAAUUUUACGCUUUAUUUUUCUUUAAAAAUAUGAAAAUGAAACAGCUUGGAAAACAUAUUCCGAGUAACUAAAUCGUGAAUGUAUUAAUUCCCGGAGACGCAUGUCUUAUGAAUAAUCAUUAGUUUAGGAUCCCUAUUUGCAUAGUGUUCGAGACUCGAAUACAUUGUGUUGUGGCGGAUCAGCUUGAACCUUUAAGUUCGAUGAAUGUGAUAGGUAAGCGUGAUCCAUUUCAAAAUACUAAACAUGAGGGCUUUAGCAUCUUUUAAACAAUAUGGAAUUUGAAGGAAGUAGUGAUACCACAGGGAAAGCUGUGAUUGAAAAUGGCACCCCCACUGAGGAUGAACAUAAUAUUUGUGAUGAUGUUCUCGACAGUGAUGCCAAAUACCAUGAGGAGAAAAUGGACAUUUCCGAGGAAAUGGAUAUCUCCGAGAAAAUGGAUACCUCUGAGAAAAUUGACAACCCUGAGAAUAUAGACAUUCCUCUGAAAAAAGACAUCCCUGAGAAAAUGGAUACUUCUAUUCAAGAAGCAGAAAGACAAACUUUCGCAGUGGAAAAAGAUGUCAUCAAAGAGGGAGACAACACUACUACUACCUCAAGUGAAACCGAUCCGAACCAUGAGAACACUGAACAGAGCAAACUCAGUGCAUCAGUAGCAGAACAGUCUGCUGUUUAUAUGACAAUUAAGCCAGACCCUCAUCCAGAACCUAUGGAUUCCAAAGAGGAUGAGAAACCUGGAGAACCAUUAAAAAAUCAGCAGAAAGAUACUACUGAAGAAAAUACUGGGGAAAAUUUACCAUCGGUAGAAAACCAGAGGGAUGUAUCCAUUGUAGAGUCUACUGUAAAAGAUGCCACGGAGGAACAUGCUGUACUUCAACAAGAAAUUCUAGAUAUAGAAAUUAAGAAAAAGGCAUUAGAUGAAGUUAUCAAUGAGCAGAGCAGUUCUGACAAUCAAUCGACCAAGGGAUUAGAGUCGGAGGAAACCAAAGAUACGGAAUUCAGCAUGGAAACAUCACAAGAUACUAAAGAUUCCAAAGAGGGCGAGAAACUUCCUGAAGAACCUUCAAAAGACCAGCAAGAAAAUGCUGAUGUAGCGAAUUUAUCACUGGGAGAAAAUCUGAGGGUUGAAUCCAUGGAAGAAUCUACUGUAGAAGGUAAUUUCACAGACAAGAGUUCUUUACCUCAACAGGAAAUUUCAAAUAUAGAAAUUAAGAAAGAGGCAUUAGAGGAAGUUAUCAAUGAGCAGAGCAGUUCUGAAUGUCAGCCAGCCAAGGGAUUAGAGUCAGUGGAAUCCAAAAGUAAUGAAAGCAAUGUGGAAACUUCGCAAGACAUUAAAGAAUUCAAAGGUGAUGAGAAACUUACUACUGAAACUUCAAAAACUCAGCAGGAAAAUACUGAUGGAGAGAAUUCAUCAGGAGGAAACCAGAGGGUUAUAUCCACUGAAGAAUCUAAUGUAAAAUUGAAUGUCACAGACAAACAUGCUGUACCUCAACAGAAAAGUAUUAAGAAAGAAAUAAAUAUUAAGAAAGAAGUAUUAGAUGUAGCUUAUGAUGAGCAGGAAAGGUCUGUCACUCAAUCAACCAAGGGAUUAAAGUCAGUGGAAACCAAAGGUGUGGAAAGCAAUGUGGAAAAUUCAGAAAACACUAAAGCAAAUACUAUUAUUAAGGAGGAACAGCACACUGAUAUCGAGAAGACAAGCCACAGAGGGUCGAUCAUUAGUAAUAUUGUUUCCAGAUUGGCAACUGUUGGCCCAAAAUCACAAACUUUGAAAGCACAAGAGGAGAAUACUGGCAAGAGUGUUGAAGAACGUGCAAGUUCCUCAAUUCUAGGCAGACAUGUCAAAGGUGAUCAGGAACGUGAACAUAUUAGGAAGUCACCUGGAUCUGCAAGGAAGUUGCCAGUGUUAGCCCCGCUCCAAAAAAUUGAGGAAGUUAUUGUAAUUAAUGAUGAUAGCACCGCCGCUUCUACACAGCAAGAUCACCAAAGUCGCAUCUGCUCAAACUGUUGUCAAGCGAUUGCUGAGCCUUUUGUUGGCAAAUGGACAACAAUGACAGUAUCUGGUCAGCUGAAGCAGUUCUGCUCAGUUUCUUGUAUGAACAUUAGCCCAACACAGCUCACACUUUGCUCUUACUGUAAAAAAGACCUGACAAAGGACAAGGUGGGUGCCCCAAGUGGACCCAAGGAUAAAUUCCUCGAGUUCUGUUCUCAUGAAUGUGUCCUCUCGUAUGAGGAACGCAAAAAGGCUGGUAACUACUGCUAUUGUGCUGUUUGCUCCAGUUUGGUUAAUAUAAAGCAGUACAAAUAUAGCCUCAAGAUGAAAGGAAAUCUAUUUCGCCUUUGUUCUCCCAAAUGCCAGAAGGCAUUUAUGAAAAUAAAUCAUGUUCAGCCUGUGAAGGUUUGCAGUGAAUGUAAGAACAAAUUCACACAGGAGGGUAUAUCCAAGGAAGUGAAUGGCGUCAAGCAACUUUUCUGCUCUACCCAUUGCCAGACUCAGAACAACUCAGUGCCAAAUAACUACACAAACUGCCUUAUUUGCAAAAAGAUAAGCAGCUCAAAACAACUAACAGAAGUUGAAGGCCCAGAUGGAGAGAAAUUUCUUGUCUGUAUUGGUCUGUGUGUUACAAGGUUGAUGCACAGGUUGAAAACACGCGACAUAUCACUCCUACCAAAGGAAUCUAAUGUGGGAACCAACAAGAAUUCCCAAAGUUUUGUGACACGUACACCGGGAUCUACAGUACCCUCAUCGAUACCAGCACCAGCUGUUGCUAAGGACUCCCAACAACAAGUUGCAAAUACCCAGUUGGGUAAAUCGAGUACGUAUGCUACCAAUUCUGUUAAUUGUAACCACUGCAAUGUAUACCAAGCUCCUCUGUACCACCUGACGAUGAGCGAUAGUACAGUAAGGAAUUUCUGUUCGUACCCGUGUGUGAUUGGCUUCCAGUCACAGUUUAAUAUGCCACCAGUCACACUGCCUCAGGAGGAGCUGAAGUUACAAUGUGAAUCAUGUCUUAAAGGCUUUACUGGAAAACCUGUCACUCUGUCUUGGAAGAAUGAAGUUCAUUUUUUCUGUAGUGAAAACUGCUCUGCUACUUACAAAAAGACACAUUGUGUUAUAAUACUCUGUGAUAAUUGUAUUGAGGAACGUAUUCAUCAUACAACAAUCUACUUCUCAGGCAAGGAACGCAACUUUUGCAGUGAAGGAUGCCAGAUGCUUUACAAGCAAAGCUUUACCCAAAAGCUAGGUCUUCGCUGGUGCAUUUGUAGUUAUUGCUCUCAAAUCGGACCAACUGUUAUUGAAAAGAAAAGUGAAGGACUUUCUAUCAAAUUCUGCUCCAAGAAAUGCAGAGAAGAUUAUGAUAAGUGGCAAAAACAACUUGUUAAGUGUGAGGGAUGCAAACAGCAAGGACGCCUUCUGACGGAAACUUUCAUGUGGCGAGGAGAGGUGAAGAAAGUCUGCAAUCAACUUUGUCUGUUACUGUUCUACACACAGCAAGACAUUCCAAAUAUGUUGACUGAAACUCAACAGAAUCUCCAAAAUGGAAAACAAACCACCAAAGUUGCUCCCAGCAUUCCUGUUAUUUCCAAUGUUGUUUCCCUGGCCUCAGAACAGAAUUCUGGAAUCAAGAAAAAACCAGUUGAGAUGGUGACUAAGCAGACUCAAAUUACUACCACACCUAUACAGCCAAAGCCAGUGCCGAUACCCAGUCUACCGCCACCAAAACAAGUACGCAACAAGAUGACCCUGUGUAAACCUAUCCAGCAAACUAAGUCCACAUACUGCAAGCCACUGACUAUUACAAAGGAAACAAAUACAGAAGGAGAUUGGCGCCCGAAGCUAGUGGUGGUUCCAAUCCCUGUACCAAUAUACGUACCAGUACCCAUGCAGAUGUAUACCUCACCGGUGCCACACCCAUUGGGUAUCCCCACACCUGUACCCAUACCAAUGUUUCUUCCUGUCACCACCGAUAAUGCUGAUAAGCUGAUAGAGACCAUCAAGGACAUAAAGAAUAGAACACCAUCAGACCCUCUGGAAGCUGAGCUUCUUGCUAUGGCAGAUGCUAUCGCUGGCAAUGAUGUAAAAACCGAUGUAACACCGAUUGAUGACCCUGCUUCACCGUUGAUAGAUACCACAGAAAUGUACACAGAUGACAUAGGACUUUUGACGGAGGAAGAGGCUGUACCAACUUGCGAAGAACCUGUCACGGAUGAAGCAACUAUCCACCAGUUGGAACAAGACAUACUGGCAUUGUCCAAUGCAAUGACAGGGGAUACCAUUCCAGAGAAAUCAGAAAAAACUUCAGAAGGAGUGGUGUCUCGCUUAACAAGAUCUGGUAGACAACCCACCAAGGCAGAAGUUAAGCAGCCUAGCCCAACAAAAAAACGAAAACGGGCAGGCCAACGAUCGUCUACUCGAAACAAACGUACAAAAGUAGAUAGUGAAAGCGAGGAAGAAAAUGAAGUUGAAGAAAAUGAGAAAGUUGUUGAUAAACAAGCCGUCGAGGAGAGACACUAUACAAUUGGGAUUGGCGCUUAUAAAUUGUGGGUGGCAACCAAGAACGCGGAACUAAAGCAGAAGUCGCAACAAGGAGGCAAAGCCUUCUCAUUCAAAGUGGACAUCCUGGCUAACACUUCAGAUGAACUAAGUUACACCCUCUGCCACUUUGUCAAAGAAGCACGACAGCCAAACGGCGAUGAGUACCCACCUCCCCUACUCUUUUACAUCCUUCUUACCAUCCAGCAUCAUUUAUUCAACUCGGGUCAUCCAGAUAACAUCUUUACAGACCUAAUUUUCUCUCGUUUUAUGCAGUAUCUGAUGGAGAAGAUAAAACUAUGGCAACCAGAAUUUAAGCCCGGAUCUCCUGUGGUCAUUAACAGUAACAUAACUGAGGAGUUGAUGUGGGAAUGUAAGCAACUUGGAGCUCAUUCCCCUUAUGUUCUGCUGAACACAUUGGUUUAUUUCAACACAAAAUUUUUCCUCUUGAAGACUGUUCAGGAUCAUAAGGAUCUUCUAUUUGGCAUGAUGUUCAAGGAUUGGAAAAAGAGUGGACUGAAAAACAAAAUUGUCUGCUUACGAUAUUUUCCUACCAGGCUGCGAAAAAAACUUGAAGCAACCACCUGUAAAAUUCAAAAGAGGGAUUUAUUAGAAAAGAAUUAUUUGGAGCAAACAGAAAAUCUUGAUAAUCCUCUUCAAUGUCCUGUGAAGCUGUAUGAAUUCUACCUAUCGAAAUGCCCUGAGUCUGUAAAGGGCAAACAAAAUUCACUGUACUUAAUUCCUGAGAGGAUGUGCAUUCCAGACAGUCCGGUAUGGUAUUCCAGUUGCGUAGCGGAAGAUGCCUUGCUGGAGAAGAUGCUGGCAAAGACGCUGAUGGUUAAAGACAUCCACGAAUACUGGGCAGAGAAGGGUAACAAGGCUGACGAUGAUGAAGAUGGUGAUGAUGACUAUGUGCCAGAAGACGAUGACAGUUAAACCAAGUAGUCAAUUGAAAGAAAGUUGGUGUAGAACCAGUGGCGGAGCUAGCAUUUCCCCAGCGGCAGAGCAACACCCCUGACAGGCAGGGAUAGAGUUGUGUUUGGGCCAUUGAGAAAAUUUUUGAAAAUAAUAAGCCGCUAGACACUCAUACAGGGCAUCUUGACAUUUAAAAUAUAAGUCUAUUUCGUGAAUACUUACCUGGAUAAACAAACUAAUUGCCAUUGUUCCCAAAAUGGAACACACCUUAAAAUAUAAUUUUUUUCUAUCUACCAACUUUUUUCUAUCUUCUAACUUCCAUGAUGGGGACUGGUAGCCCCUCCUGGUCCCCCAUAGCACUGCCACUGUAUAGAACAUUAGUGGGUUAUAAUCAGGUUGUAUAAAAACAAAAAUGAAAUUUGAAUAAUGAAUUGUACAGUAUAAAUGAUCUUUGAUAGUAGAAAAUAGUACAAAAUGAAUUAUUUGUGAUUAUGAGGAAGUGGUGGUGGUGGCGGAUAGAGGAAUUGUGCAUACACUAUAAGUACUGUUGCCAGUAUCAAUUAUACAGAUGUACACAAAGUUUUAGUAGAUAGUAAAUGAUUCUGCCUUGAGUUAAAACAAAAGUAGCUUUGAUGUGAAUUAAUUUCAUCAUUUCAUAAACAGCUCAAUGAAUUACCACGAUGAAAAAGGUAAUUUGAAUACUGAAAUAAAAUUUACAGUAACCUACACAAACCUAAUGGUGAUAAUAAUACGAAUGGCUAUAUUUAAACAUAAAUACCUCUUACUCUACAGUUUUAAUUUGUACAAUUUUAAUUUUUGUUAAUAAAAUCUUUUUGAAGUAAUACUCUGGUUAAUUCAAUACUUUUGUUAGUUUGAUGAAUUUUCAAUUUUAUCGUAGCUAUUCAUGUACUUUAGGAGUAGUGGAGUAACAUUUGGGAGCUGGUCUACAGUCUACAAGUUAAAGAUGUUAUCUGCUGUAGACUACAGCAGUGACUUGAGCAUGUGGACCCAAUGACCUGGGAAAAAAGGCUUUGUUUUUAAACAUAAAGGCGCUAUAUAACUGAAUAGAUAAAUACUGUAAAUAAAUAAAAAUAGAAAUUCCCUUCAUCAAUAUAGGUAAAAAAAUUCACAUUCCAAUGCAAUAUACAUACCUUGGUCAUUAUGUGCUACAUAGAUAUUUAAUAUUAUUCAAUAAUGAUAAUUUUACCUUGGUCAUAUUAUUAAGAAAGUCUUAAUUAUUUUAAUACUCUUUGUUCUACAGUUAUCAAUUAUUGUCGCUCUUCAAUUGAUAUUGUGAUGUGAUUCUGUCAGUUGGUAAUUCUGAUUGUUAUCUGUUGUUUUGGUAAUGGGUCGCUAGGCGUUAGAUCCACCAAUACAGUUUCUGGCAGCCUGUGUUGGUAAUUCAAAAACAUUGACAAUUACCAUAACAGUAAAGUCACAUUCCAAUCAGCCUAGUAGUAAGCAUUGUAAAUUAAUAUCCUGUACAUAUUUUUUUUUUUUUUUUGUACUUAAGAAGCCAUUAUUCUACUGUAUAUUUUAAUUUUGUUUGUUCAUAUACUAGUUUUGUAGGUUGUUUUGUUUGUAUUUGUAACUUAAUUAUUUUGAUUUGAUUUCUUUACAUGUACAUCAAAAUACAAUAUUGAAGCAUGGUUGAAGUAAGCUUUAACAUCAUAAAGGCCUCUGCAGACUAACAAAUUUUAUUUGACAAAAACAUGCGACAUGUCUAAGUAUGGUGACAUCACAUGACAUCACAUUACGACCAUAUAUAGGCACAUCAUGACUAUAUAUGGGCAUACAACAGAUAUUUGUCAAAUAAAAAAUGUUAGUCUGGAUGGAACUUUAGUUUGCUUUCAAAGAUUUUGUUUAGUUAGUGGAUUUCAAAUAAUAUUAAUAAUGUUAUACAGUAUCUUCCAAAUAGGUGCAUUUUGAUCACACUCAACCUUGAGGUUGUGUUGUGGCCAAGGCCAUAUGAUUUUGAGCAAGCUAUAUCUGAAAUCAUCUAUCUCCAUUUGGAGUAUAGUAUGAUUUAAUAACAUUGCAUCAAUGCUGAAAGUAUUGCGCUAUAAAAUCCAAUACAGUACAAUUGAACUAUUGUCUCAUCCAUUUACCUACUUGUGUAUUGCUGCUUCUUUUAGUUUCUCGUGUUACAUUCACCCCAAUAAUAAUCUGAAAUAUAAGACGCUAUAGAUGUUCUCGGGAGUGACGGAAAAUGCUUGCUUUUCAAAAUCCCAAUGAAUGUACUGUAAUCAGUGGCUGUAACACAGACGUUCCUCGUUUGUCAUUGGGGCAGCAACAGAAUGUAGAUAAAGACCCUGCACAUGAACGUCAAAUAGAGGAGAGAUUAUAAUAUAACAAUAUGUAUUCAAGUAAUCAUAAGAAGAGAUGAUGUCUAAAUCAUUCUUAUGUCAUCUUAAUGAUUUCAAAAUCGGGAUCAUGUUUACUGAUUGACUAUGUUGUACUGCUUAAAUAUUUUGGGUCAAAAUAAUAAUAGUUUAAAAAA